AAUGAAGAGCUAACAGCUCCACGCCGAGUGGAGGUUUCGUUGAGUUACCUCCCGCUGGAGGCGGUUGUUGGUGUAGACAGCCGCCGGAGGGACCGCGGGGCAUCGGGAGUUAAUCAUGUGAUUUAUAGAGGAAAUAAAUCAACAGGAACAAUAAUAAUCGAUCACAUUAGCCUGCUAGCAUUGGACGUCAUGUCAAAGCCCGGCCUGCUGGUCCUGUACGGCAGCCAGACCGGCACGGCCCAGGACACGGCCCAGAGGAUCGGCCGCCAGGCGCAGAGGAAGCGGCUGCAGGUCCGGGUGUUGCCUCUGGACGACUACAACGUGGUGAGUGCGUCGGUUCGAGUCCCACGGCACCGGACCCGGCAGAGGUCUGACAACCGCACGGGAACCUCCUGUGUCCUCACGAGUGUUUCCUCACCAGGCCGACCUGAUCUCAGAGCCUCUGGUGGUCUUCGUGUGCUCCACCACCGGCCAAGGAGACCCUCCGGACAACAUGAAGGUGUUUCAUCCAUGGACUCACCUGUUCACCUGUCAUACGUCCAUCUCCCCUUGCCUCCAGGUCUUCUGGAGGUUUCUCUUCAAGAGGUCUCUCCCCGCCGGCUCUCUGAGGCGGGUGGACUGCGCCACGCUGGGCUUGGGGGACUCGUCCUACCCCAAGUGAGGCCUUCAGGUGCUCUUCUCUCGCAGCGAGGCGUCACAGAGACUUAUGACCUUCUCUCUCUCCGUAGGUUCAACUUUGUGGCCAAGAAGCUUCACAAGCGCCUCGUGCAGCUCGGGGCCGGCGUGCUGCUGCCCGUCGGGCUGGCGGACGACCAGCAUGACCUGGGGGCCGACGCCGUCAUCGACCCGUGGCUCUCGGCGUUUUGGGGGAGGGUGUUCGCUCUGCACCCGGCUCUGGCGGAUCGGACUCCCCUGAGGGAGGAAGAGCCGCUCCCUCCAACAUACACGUUCCACUUCCUGGAGGCCGUGAAGGAGAAGCUGGAGGAAGAGGAGGUGGAUGAAGAGGAGCUGGGGGGCGUGUUGAGGCCGGCUCCCUCCCAGGCUCGUCCCUUUGCUGCCCGGCUGCUGUCCAACCGGAGGGUCACCGACGCGUCUCACUUCCAGGACGUGAGGCUCCUGGAGUUCGACAUCACGGGAUCCAACAUGGAGUUUGCUGCUGGCGACGUGGCGAUGAUGUUUCCAUGCAACUCGACACGAGACGUACUAAAGUUCUGUGAACUCCUGGGACUAGAACCAGAGGCUCGGUUCACCCUCAGGGCCUCAGGCAGCACCGCAGUCCCCUCCAGGCUCCCUCGGCCGUGCUCCCUGCGCCUCCUGGCCCAGAGCUUCCUGGACGUCGGCGCCAUGCCGCGCCGCUCCUUCUUCGAGCUCCUGGCGACCUUCUCCUCCAACGAGAUGGAGCUGGAAAAGCUGCUGGAGUUCAGCUCGGCGGCCGGUCAGGACGAGCUGCACGGCUACUGCAACCGGCCCCGGAGGACCGCGCUGGAGGUCUUGACCGACUUCCCCCACACGACAGCAGACAUCAAAGUGGACUACCUCCUGGAUCUGUUCCCUGAGAUCCAGCCUCGCUCCUUCUCCAUCGCCUCGUCCCUCCAGGCUCACCCCAACCGGCUCCAGAUCCUGGUCGCUGUGGUUCGGUACAGAACUAAGAUGCAUGAGCCCAGAAGAGGCCUCUGCUCCUCCUGGUUAGCCUCCCUGGACCCGGCACAAGGGGAGGUGUAUGUGCCUCAGUGGGUGAAGAAGGGAACUCUGAAGUUCCCCAAGGAGAACACCACCCCCGUGAUAAUGGCUGGACCUGGAACAGGAGUGGCGCCCUUCAGGUCGGCCCUACAGGAAAGGAGGGCCGAGGGAAAGAAUGCCAACAUCCUGUUCUUCGGCUGUCGCUCCGAGUCCAAAGACUUCUACUUCAGGUCAGAGUGGGAGGAGAUGGUGAGGACCGGACACCUGACCCUCGUCACGGCCUUCUCGAGAGACCAGGAGGAGAAGGUGUAUGUGCAGCGCCGUGUGAAGGAGAAGGCUGCGCUCCUGUGGGACUCCAUCGCCAACAGGAACGCCUGUUUCUACAUCGCUGGUAAUGCUAAGCAGAUGCCCUCCAGUGUGUGUGACUCCCUGAAGGAGGUGUUCCAGGAGGAGGGAGGUCUCUCCUCCGAUGAAGCCUCUGAGAUGCUGGAGGCCAUGGAGCGGAGCGGCCGGCUCCAGAGCGAGACCUGGUCCUGAUCACGUGACCCAGCCCCCCCGGUCCAGGAGGUUCACAGGAGACUGCACCGGCCAUGUUGACGCUCUGAUGACAUCAUCAGUGACCUCAUCAGUGAGCUGCAGAGGCGUCCCAAAGACCGCCAGAUAUUCAGUAAAUGAAGAAGUGAAAGUGCUUCAUCGGAUGUUCAAAGGCUCCUCCAGUCCACUUGAACCAUUUAAUCCAACACAUUCUGUUUGACAGGACACGAGUCAUUUAUUCUGUCUCGUUUAUAAAGUAUUUAACAUGAAA